AUGGUCUUCGAGAAAUUACGAAAAAAGGAUUCUCAUGCCGAUGUCGAAAUAAGAAAAUCUAUUGAAGCUGAGCAGAAGAGAGUGCUCAGCGAAGUGCCAGAUGAAAUCUACAACUGGAAACUUGUGAUGUGCGCUAUCACUGCGGCAGCCGCAGCUGUUAUAAUUGGGUAUGAUGCUGGGUUCAUUGGUGGUACUAUUGCCCUUACAUCGUUUCAAGACGAAUUUGGCUUCGAUAAGAUGUCCACGUCCGAAGUUACUUUGAUCUCAUCGAAUGUUGUUUCAGUUUUCCAAGCUGGUGCAUUCUUCGGUUCCUUAAUUAUGUACCCUGUUGGGGAAAUUUUGGGCAGGAAGGUUGGUUUGAUCAUUUCUGGAUUUUUGUUGACCAUAGGUGCUGCCAUUUCGUUGAUUUCCAAGCUGAGCAACGGGUUAGGCGCAAUUUACGCGGGUAGAGUGUUGACUGGUGUAGGAAUCGGUGGCUGCUCCGGAUUAGCUCCUAUCUAUGUAUCUGAAAUUGCCCCCACUGAGAUUAGAGGAAGGCUUGUCGGGUGUUGGGAAGUGUCAUGGCAAGUUGGUGGGAUCAUUGGGUAUUGGAUUAAUUACGGGGUCUUGCAAAACUUGCCGGCCACAAGAAAGCAAUGGUUGAUCCCAUUUGCCAUUCAGUUGGUCCCUUCGGGAUUAUUUUGGGGUGGUUCUUUCCUCAUCCCAGAGUCCCCUAGAUUCCUUAUUUCUAAGGACAAGAUUGAUAGGGCAAGAUCAAACUUAUCAUAUUUGAGUAAUUUGCCGGAAGAUCACCCAUACUUGGUUCAAGAACUUGAAAAGAUUCAAAUAGAUAUCAAUGACAAGAGAAGAAAAUUAGGGACCGGGUUUUUCGCCCCACUUAAGAAAGUCUUGACCACCAGAAAGUUACUAUACAGAAUGGCAUUAUCCACCUCGUUGUUCCCCAUGCAAAAUGGUUCAGGGAUUAACGCGAUUACUUAUUACUCUCCUACGGUGUUCAAAUCUUUGGGGGUCAGUGGAACCAAUGCAACUUUGCAAUCAACAGGGAUUUUUGGUUUAUUGAAGGGAUUUGCCUCGGUAGUUUGGAUCUUUUUCAUUGUAGACAACUUUGGUAGAAGGACUGCUUUAAUUUGGGGAUCAAUUCCAUGUUCUUUAUGUAUGUGGUACAUUGGAGCCUACAUUAAGGUUGCCGAUCCUGCAGCCAAGCUUGCUAAUGGUGACACCAAGAUGGACGCAGGAGGUAAGGCAGCACAGGCGAUGCUCUACAUUUGGACCAUCUGUUAUGGAGCAUCGUGGAAUGGUACUCCCUGGUGUAUUAACUCGGAGAUUUUUACACAAGAUAUCAGAACUUUUACGCAAGCCAUCAAUUCUUCAUCCAACUGGUUCUGGGCUUUCAUUUGGGGGAGAUUUACUGGAAAUGCCUUCAACAAAAUGGGAUAUGGGAUCUAUUUCCUUUUUGCUUCUUGCAUGUGUGUAUUUCCCGUUGUAGUGUACUUUUUAUAUCCAGAGACCAAGGGUGUUCCAUUAGAGGCUAUUGAUCACUUAUUCGAAGUUCCAGCUUGGAGAGGUAGACAAUAUGCCUUAGAGCAGUAUUCAGUAGAAUAUGAAAAGAGAGAAUUACAGCAUAAUACCAAUGAAUCAACCGCAUCAGAAGUUGAAGUUAAAACAGAAAAUGAAUAG